AUGGGAAAAAGAAGAGACGAUGUUGGUCCAACGACGUCUGCCAGACCAGGUGCUCGUUCCAGCCUGCACGAGAUGCCCCAGCCACGUACCAUCAAGGACUUUUUCAAACGGCCGGCUUUUGUGGCAACCCCCAAGGACCCUUUGAAAGAAACAGGGAAAGAAAGCUUCCUCUUCCCCGCAGCCAGCCAACCGUCGUCCCCCUUGAGCGAUCCGCCUUCAGAUCUUCCUUCGCAACUGCUGUCUUCCCAACAGCUGCCCGAUGAGGGAAGCUCUCAUGAAGCUGCGCGUGGUCCUGUAAAUGGCUCGAGCCAUCACAGUAGCGAUGCCACCCUACAACCCAGUUCUUCCUUCAAUUCGUCACAGCGGGUCGUCAAAAAUGGAAUGGAAGUCGUCGUCGACUCCGAUGCAGAAAGUGGCGAGUCGAUCGGCUCUCUGGAGUCUCCAGACGAUCUUUUAAACAGGUUCCUGGGUUCAUCUUCUGGGCAAGCAAAAGACUCCGAGUCUCCUGCUCCCGAUUCAACUUCUCAGCCGCGAUCACGGGCAUCCAAAUUUCGGUAUUCACAGAACAACAGACCGGUACUAAAUCUGAAACCAAAGAAAUACAAAUUCAGCAUGGAAUCAUUGGUGACCCGCUCCGUGGACGACAGUGAGGCCGAGGCCGGUGUCGCCAAAGCCAAGGCCCAGCUCCAAAGUGAGGAACACAUAAAUUCAAGCUCGCCCAAUGGUCCUGACGGCAGCUCGGGCAUUCGUGAGGAUGUUCUUGCGUCUGCGUUUGCUGCAGAAAAAGAAGAGAGUGAUCUGCAGAGACUGUUGGAUGCAGUGCGACGUACAGAAGCUCUUGAAGUGGAAAAGUCUUGGUCUUUUUUUGGCAGUGGCUCUGAUAUGCAACUUCCUGAGUUUCCGAGGGACUCGAUACCUCCGUCUUCCCGAGAAUCUUUUCUAAGAGACCCGGCCCCCCGUGAGAGAGCGUUUCAUUCAGGCAUUUUGGACUUUGCCCUAACGAGAGGCUUACUCCCCGAUGAGGUGAUUCUAUGGAUUCUACAAUCAGUACCAUUAGAGCCUCGGGACGAUUUGCGAUAUGCCUAUUGCAGGGCAUUAAAGCAUGCGGGUGGUGAGCGUAUCAAGUUUCUUGUCCAGCCUUGCGAUAUUGAGCUGGUUUUUGGGUCUCUUGGGGGCACGCAGAAGGCAUUGAACACAUCCGAAGAGAUAUCACCACAGAACUUAUACGACCCAGCAAAAUCGCCUUGCGAGUGGAAGUACCUCUUAUCGGUUCUCGAUUUACUGCGAGACCUUUCGGAUCAUUUUCAUGAGGACACCAGACAGCACACGCUAAAACUCUUAUUCCGUCUCGCCCUUGACAUCUACGUGACCAAGAAUUCCACAGUCUGUUCGGCUUUGGAAACAACAAUAGAUUCCGUACUGCAGAAUAUUCCCUCGGAAGGCUUUCACGAACUAGUGCAACCACUCACUAAGUCCGCUUUCCAGACGGUCAAGGACAUUACCCUUCAGAGCCAACUACUCAAACACAUCCUCCCAACGAACCCCGACAUUGCCUUGUUUCGGGCUCGGCUAGCCGUCUCAUUUUUGAUCAACGACGAGUCGGUACUGUUGGAGCCUGCCGCAGACGUUCUCAAUCUCAAACGGAUAACUCAGCAUUUACGAAGCGCACGCUUUGGCUCGAAGCUGCACCAGGCCAAGUCAACCAACAAUUACGACUACUCCGAGCUCAAAGCAACCACUUCCCUCUUAAACAUCGUUAUCGACAUAGACCAGACAUCGGCCGAGUUCCCCAGUAAGGAGGCCGAAAACCAAUUCAAUACCGACGUCGACGCUCUAGCGGACCGGGUGAAGCGGAUAUUCAGUGCUAUUGAAGACUCAGGCGCGUCUCAUCUGAAGCGAACAGAAGCCAAGCAGAGCCUCGAGGCGUUACACUACCGAAUCGUGUUCUCUGUUCGCUCUAAACCCCGAGUGCGAUCUCUUUUCGGCAUAGACGACCUCCAAACAAAAAUACCACAAUCCAUGGCGAACAAGCACUUUAGUGCAAAGAUGGCCAAGUCAUAA